AGAGCGAAGGCGAGCUGUUCCCCUCAGAGUUAACUUUUUAAUCCCGGUUUUGUCGCCGUUAUCGGACCCAGGAGGAGGAAGGCGGAGGAGGAGGAGGUCCGGGGAGACAGAGAGAAAAAAGGGGGAGAAAAAGUCAGUCAUGGUCUGAGGUUUGGGCUGAAAGCCGGAGCGUCUUCUUGCAGAGAGAAAGAGAGAGAGAGAGAAAAAAAGAAGUCCAUUGAUAUUUUAGUUGUGCAGAGAAGAAGAGGAAGAAAGGGGGGAAGACCGGAGCAGAGAGCGAGAGCAAAGCGGGGCUACAAGAUGCAGCUGGCCGCCGUGGUGCUGUGGGGCGCCCUGAUAACUUUCAGUCCAGGAGUUCGGGGCAGCGCCGAGUGUUCGUGCGGGAAGAACCACUUCACGUGUGCGGUCAGCGCAUUCGGGGAGUGUACCUGCAUCCCGGCCCAGUGGCAGUGCGACGGAGACAACGACUGCGGGGACCACAGCGACGAGGACGGAUGCAUGCUCCCCACCUGCUCGCCACUCGACUUCCACUGCGACAACGGCAAGUGCAUCCGCCGCUCCUGGGUGUGCGACGGAGACAACGACUGCGAGGACGACUCCGACGAACAGGACUGUC